GCGUGACAAGCUUAACGCCGCAUUGUUUGGCCGCACGGCGCCUGAACAUAAGCAGCUCGUGUGUGUGUGUUCUUGUUUGGGAGGUGGGCAGGCCCGCGCAGGCAAAGAAGAGAUCACAGUCAAAGUGUGAUCAAAGUCUAACUUAGUAAAAAGAAGGAGGAGGCCAAUCUUUUUUUUUUAAGACUGGGUGUGCUCUCACGUUGUGUUGUGGACGAGGGUCAGCAAUCUACUGGAGUGAAAUGGAUUGUAAAUGCGAAGCCAACAACACAGAUAAUGCCGUUACAGGCUGGUGGCUGAGCAGCAGCAAUGCCCAGAUGGGCGCUUACACCGUGGUGGGGUAUCUUCUGUACAGAUUCUCACAGACCCUUCCCGCACUGAUCCGAUGGCCGAUUCGUCUCUUCUGCUCUUUAACCGGUCUGUCGGCUCUUUGGGGCUGGGUGAGCCGCGUCGUGGGGACCCUCCGAGGAAUCCAGAGCCUGUGUAAAUGUUUGUCUCAAAUUUGGAAGUUUAUCAAAGCAUUUUCCGCCAAAUUCCAGUGGAUGCUUCCUAUCAUCAGAACCAUCACAGGGUCCAGUGACGGGUAUUUGGAGAAUGAGUCCAUGAGACUGAACCUCUCCAGCCCCAUAAAAGCAGGCCUCAGACUGAUCGUGGUGGGCCCCGCCGGUGGAGGACGCACAUCAGUGGUAAACACUUUGCUGGACUGCUGGGCAGAAGAACCAGAAGAACCUCUCGUCGAGAGCACCAUCAGAAGGGCCAUAGUGGACAGCAGGGAACUUAGCGUCAUCGACACGCCGGAUCUCUUGGGGGCGUCAUUGGGGGGAAUGACUCGAGCCAGAGAAGCUCUGAGAAGCGUUCAGCUAGCAGCUCCGGGCCCUCACGCCAUCCUCCUGGUGAUGCAGGCGCCGCACUCCGGCAAAGUGCCGCAACAGGAGGCGAUGCGAGCGAUCCACGCCACGCUGCGACUGUUCGGAGAUGGCAUCCGAGGUCACAUCGUCCCCGUGCUCACCCACGCAGACCGCCUGGGUCGACGGCACACUCUGGAGCGGCUGCUGGACAGGGACGCCGGCGGCGUGAACGGACUGACGUCUCUCUGCGGUCAGAGACCCGAGCUGCUGGACACCAGGCGGGAUCGGUCCCCGGAGGAGCAGAAGGUGACGCGCAGGCUGCUGGUGGGGCGUGUCCUCGAGCUGAAGGGGCUCAGGGGACAUUUUGUCCACGAGCUGCAAAGGAUGGACGAACGCGUCCGAGAGAAGCUGCUAGCCGACAUGACCUCUGCACUGAGCUCAAAAUUGGAACACAUGUAGAUAAUGUGAUACACAGCGUUGCUAUGAAAUCAUUAUGUCAUAUCUAUGUGUGUGUGUAUAUCUAUAAUCUUUAGAGCUGGCUGGGGCGAUGGGAGAGUGAGAAAGAUGCGUCAUGUUGGAGAUUACAUUCCAACAGUUUCACACCACAUUGCUAUGUUGAUUAGCUACACAGAGGCCGUACUAUGCGCGCUGGUGGGAAACAAGAGAAUGGUUGGACUUGCUCUUCCUUUAUGUGGAAAGACAGCUGAAAUGCCAUUUUAAGGUGACAUACUCAGAUGAUGCCUUUUGCCAGGUUGAACUGGUGGAAAGUCGCCUGUGAUGGUCCGUUGGAAAACAUCGUGCAAAAAUGUCUGAAACCAAAGCGGAAUGGUCAGUUCAUUGAGUGAAAUUGUUUCGUAUGGAACACAUAAUUCAAGAGGCCUAAAGAAUUCUUCACUCACCCUUUUGGAGCACAAAUGCAUCCAUGAGAAUUUUACUUUCAAGAACAAAAUACGCACAUUCA